AACUGGCGUUGCCGCCUGAAGGCAGCAUUACCCAACAACCAAUCAUAUGGCGAGAACUGACGUCAUAAUUUUCAGCUCGGGAAACUGUAAUCACAUGUCUGUUGGUCCAUCAGAAAGCGUGUUUGAAGUGUGAAAUUCAGGACGUUCAGGACAGCAGAUUCGUGGAUCUCAGGUAUACCACAGGAGAAAUUCUUGUGCGUGCCGGACCUUUAUGCGUUCAUCAGCGUCUUGCUGACAAGUAUGGGGUUCCUGUUCGAGUCACUUCUUCUGGAUGUGGGGGUGCUGGUAGCUUGUGCCCUCUUAGUGGUUUACUCCUAUUUCAAGUGGUCAUUCACAUACUGGAAGAAACUUAAUGUACCGUACGUCGAACCGUGUUUCCCAUUUGGAAAUUUCAAGGAGACGGCUUUAAUGCGGAAAGAAUUUGGAUAUUUUUGCAGAGAUAUUUACACAAGGCUUGAAGGGCACAGAUACGGAGGAAUAUACUUAUUCAACGCACCGCGAUUACUUUUCCUAGACCCCGAUUUAAUAAAGGAUGUUCUAGUUAAAGAUUUUUCUACUUUCCAUGAUCGGGGAGUCUAUAUGAAUGAAGAAAUAGAACCUCUGUCGGGGCAUUUAUUUUCAUUAAAUGGAAAGAGAUGGAGAAACCUUAGGAUCAAGCUGACCCCGACUUUCACAUCCGGGAAGAUGAAAAUGAUGUUCCAGAGACUUGUGGAAUGUGGAGAUGAACUUAAACUUUGCUUGGAAAAUAUUGCGGGAAGGGGGGAGGUUAUUGAAGUUAAGGACAUUCUAGCUAGGUUCAGCACGGACGUAAUUUCGUCCUGUGCUUUCGGUAUCGAGUGCAACUGCCUGAAGAACGAAGACGCGGAAUUCAGACAGUGGGGAAGAAAAGCUUUCGACCAAACAGUCAAAAUGAUAAUAAUUGGAAUUUUGUCAAGCAUUGCACCAGUUGUAUUAGACAUGCUUAAAGUGUCUACUGUUGAUACGGACGUUUCUAAAUAUUUCCUGAAAAUGGUGCAGGAAACAGUUGAAUAUCGCGAAAAGAAUAACGUGAAGCGCAAUGAUUUCAUGCAACUGUUGAUACAGCUUAAGGAGAAGGGCAGCUUGGACUCCGAGCAGGGAUCUGAGGACCGAAGUGAAGAGGAAAUGAAUGAAUUUGGUGAAACAGCAGAUGGUCUGUCGAUGAACUCCCUGGCUGCCCAAGCUUUUGUCUUCUUCCUUGCGGGUUUCGAGACAUCCUCGACUACCAUGACGUUUUGUCUGUACGAGAUGUCAGUAAACCCGGACAUACAGGAGCGCCUGCGCACAGAGAUCGACAUGGUGCUAGAGAAACACGACGGGAAACUCUCAUACGAAGCCGUCCAGGAGAUGAGCUACUUGGACAAAGUUGUAUCAGAAACUCUCAGAAAAUAUCCGCCACUUCCAACGGUAAACCGCGAGUCUUCGAAGAAGUACAAAAUUCCGGAAACAGACAUUGUUUUGGACACAGGAACGCGGGUUUUCAUACCCGUGAUUGGUCUUCACCACGACCCCAAAUAUUACCCCGAACCUGACAGGUUUGACCCCGAACGGUUCAGUGAGGAAGAGAAGCAGAAGAGACACCAUUAUGUCUACCUUCCUUUUGGAGAGGGACCCAGAAUUUGUAUAGGGAUGCGGUUCGGAUUGAUGCAAACCAAGGUGGGACUGGUUUCUCUUCUGUCCAAAUACCAGUUCAGCGUGAGCAAGAAAACUCCUGUUCCUCUGAUGUUCGAUCCCAGGUCAUUCAUACUGGCUCCUGCUGGCGGAAUGUGGCUGCAGAUUAAAAAGAGAAGCAUGGAAUACGCUGAACUCCUGCUCUGAAUGCAAGCAACAUAGCCUCUACGACACGCCACAUUCGUGCUCAAUCCAAAGUCUCAAUGGUAUAAAUGUUCAUUAGUUCAACUACCUUACGGUUGAAAUAUGGCAGUCGGCGAGUGGCUGUUUGAAGCUUCGACCACUAACCAAUAAAUCUGUUCAAAAUUCGAAGUUUUGAGUCUUCAUCUCUGGUUUAAAGAAAACUAAGCUAAAACUAAAUAAAUGCGUGAAUCGUACUUUUCACAACGACGAAAGUUUAUAUCUCGUUGUUAGGCAAAAAUCAGCGCACCAAUGAACUGGCGAGAAAGCUAUCACGUGGCUUGUUUUCAUUGUGGUCCGCGCAAUCCCCAGUUAUAAGCAACAUAACUGUAAAAUCAUAUACAAUACUAGGCGUUUUCUAUGGAAUCCCUGUCGAAGGCUUAUAGGGGACUGUGAAGGUGUUUUGCAGUCAGUCAUAAUUGAGAAGCCGUGAGUCAAGUACACACGAAGCCGUCACAGAAAGGAGUCCAGGAGGAUUCAGCAGUUGAUUACAAGGACGAGAAAGGAGCGUAUCCUUAGCGAACUGUGAAGAUUAACUGAUUACAGGUUCGGACUGAGGAGUACAGAUUGAUUGAAGGCGAAAAUUACAAGAAGACGUCAAAGUGAUUUGAAAUGAUAGUUUCUGUGUUGAGAAACAAUUGGUGAAGACAGAGAAUCCUAAUACGUGUUCAGCGGUGAAAUGGAAAGUGUAAAUCAGCGAUAGCGCUGUAUUAAUUGUAAUUAAGAGAGAGUAUAACCGAAGUGCUAAUAAAUCCAAUCCUCUUAACUAGAGCCCGUUAUUUUCCUCACGCGUACCCCCAUACACGUGACAAUAUUAUCCGUCGUUAUAUGAAAGUUUACCUUUAUGCUACAAUGGAUAAUGAUAAUUAAUACCACCUCCUAGCCCUUCCAUAUUCAUUAUAUAUUCUUAUAUGAAGGUAUUAGACACAUGAUUGUUGUAUCAUUCGUAAAGAGUUUCUACGGUUAUUUUAUAUAUGCAUACAACUGUAAAUAUGGAAAAUUAAAAUAUAUUAAGUAAUUUGUAUUCUUAAUUUGGUAUCUUUAACCAGGGCAGGCUGCAGCAGUAACUAAUAAUAAGAGAAAAAUGCGAAUAGUUUGCCGAAGAGCAAAACAUGUCUUCGGUACUAUCAGUGGGUGGUUCUAACAUUACUCUGGGGAACGAGAUCUCUCUAGAGACGCUAAUAAUCGUUCAUCUGCUAAGGAAGUUCCCCACCUUUUGUGGAAUCCGAAGGCCCAUUCGGUAUUCACAGCCGGCGUCGGUUAUUUUCUUUCAUUUUCACAAGCUUUGUGUAAGAUUUUUUUUUUUUUUAGAAUAAAGAUGUCCAGAACUUUCAGUGAAAUUACAUGUCAAUGAAACCCAUUUGCAAGUGUUAGACAAUGCCCGCAACACACACGCGGCCAACAGUAUAGGAACAGUGUUUCCUACUUACACGGAAGGACCGUUGCUAUGCAACACACGCGCUGUUACGUCACACAACAGUACAUGGCCGUCACGUGACAUGUUUUCUGCGCGUACGGUGACGUCACACAACAGUAAUGGGUAGCGAUCACGUGACAUAUUUAUGAUGUUGCGCUGUCUGUCCGACGGCCAUAUAAUUGUACGGAAUAGCCCUGAGUUCAGAGUUACGAGAGAGAAAUACACGUAGUAGAGGCGGAAGCACGUGAAUUGGAACCAGGAUUACAGAAGAAUACAGGAGGUCGGCCUGUGAUGAUUUAAUAUGUGAUUUGAAGGUUUUAUGAGUGUGAUAGUGAGUGAUAGCUGAGAAGUCAGAUAGUGAAGAUUUAUUGUGUGAAUUAAAGGCUAUAUUUGGAGUGUGUGAUUCAGUGAGACUGAUAACUAGUGCAGAUAGAGUGAAUAGAUUGGUGUGGAGAGAUUAUGCAUUGUGUAAAGCAGCAAGAGUGUAAUAAUUAAUUGCA